GAAGAUGAUCCAUGUGAUCUUGAAGACCUUUCUGCACAGAAAUGAGGGAAAUACAAAGAACCAAAUACAGUUCUGAAAUUUGGGAUCUAUAUUUUGAGAUGAUUUUAUUUUCAGAAUGAGAAGUAUAUCUGGUUACCUUUAUGAACGUAGAAGCAGGAGAAGAGAGUUAUGAUGGCAAAAAACAAAGAGCCUCGUCCCCCAUCCUAUACUAUCAGUGUAGUUGGACUCUCUGGGACUGAAAAAGACAAAGGUAACUGUGGAGUUGGAAAGUCUUGUUUGUGCAAUAGAUUUGUACGCUCAAAAGCAGAUGAAUAUUAUCCAGAGCAUACUUCUGUGCUUAGCACCAUUGACUUUGGAGGACGAGUUGUAAACAAUGAUCACUUCUUGUACUGGGGUGACAUAACACAAAAUGGUGAAGAUGGAGUAGAAUGCAAAAUACAUGUUAUUGAGCAAACAGAAUUCAUUGAUGACCAGACUUUCUUGCCUCAUCGGAGUACAAAUUUGCAACCAUAUAUAAAACGUGCAGCUGCCUCUAAAUUACAGUCAGCAGAAAAACUCAUGUACAUUUGCACUGAUCAGCUAGGCUUGGAGCAAGACUUUGAACAGAAGCAAAUGCCUGAAGGGAAGCUCAGUGUAGAUGGAUUUUUAUUGUGCAUUGAUGUAAGUCAGGGAUGCAAUAGAAAGUUUGAUGAUCAACUUAAAUUUGUGAAUAACCUUUUUGUCCAGCUAUCAAAAUCAAAAAAACCUGUAAUAAUAGCAGCAACUAAAUGUGAUGAAUGUGUGGAUCACUAUCUUAGAGAAGUUCAGGCAUUUGCUUCAAACAAAAAGAACCUUCUUGUAGUAGAAACAUCAGCACGAUUUAAUGUCAACAUUGAGACAUGUUUCACUGCACUGAUACAAAUGUUGGAUAAAACUCGUGGAAAACCUAAAAUUAUUCCCUAUCUGGAUGCUUAUAAAACACAGAGACAACUUGUUGUAACAGCAACAGAUAAGUUUGAAAAACUUGUGCAGACUGUGAGAGAUUAUCAUGCAACUUGGAAAACUGUUAGUAAUAAAUUAAAAAAUCAUCCUGAUUAUGAAGAAUACAUCAACUUAGAAGGAACAAGAAAGGCCAGAAAUACAUUCUCAAAACAUAUAGAACAACUGAAACAGGAACAUAUAAGAAAAAGGAGAGAAGAAUAUAUCAAUACUUUACCAAGAGCUUUUAAUACACUUUUGCCAAAUCUAGAAGAGAUUGAACAUUUGAAUUGGUCAGAAGCUUUGAAGUUAAUGGAAAAAAGAACAGAUUUCCAGUUAUGUUUUGUGGUGCUAAAAAAAACACCUUGGGAUAAAACUGACCAUAUAGACAAAAUUAAUGAUAGACGGAUCCCAUUUGACCUCUUGAGCACUUUAGAAGCUGAAAAAGUCUAUCAAAACCAUGUACAACAUCUAAUAUCGGAGAAGAGGAGGGUAGAAAUGAAGGAAAAAUUCAAAAAGACCUUGGAAAAAAUUCAGUUUAUUUCACCUGGGCAGCCAUGGGAGGAAGUUAUGUGCUUUGUUAUGGAAGAUGAAGCUUUCAAAUAUAUCACUGAGACAGAUAGCAAAGAGGUAUAUGGUAGGCAUCAGCGAGAAAUAGUUGAAAAAGCCAAAGAAGAGUUUCAGGAAAUGCUCUUUGAACAUUCUGAACUUUUUUAUGAUUUAGAUCUUAAUGCAACACCAAGUUCAGAUAAAAUGAGUGAAAUUCACACAGUUCUGAGUGAAGAACCUAGAUAUAAAGCUUUACAGAAACUUGCACCUGAUAGGGAAUCGCUUCUACUUAAGCAUAUAGGAUUUGUUUAUCAUCCCACUAAAGAAACAUGUCUUAGUGGCCUAAAUUGUACAGAUAUUAAAGUGGAGCAGGUACUUGCCAGUAGAAUUUUGCAGUUGGAUCAUGGCCGUUCACGGUUGUAUCAUACUUCUCAGAUCAGAAAAGAUAAAUAUAUGGCUAAUCUUCCAUUUACAUUAAUUCUGGCUAAUCAGAGAGAUUCCAUCGGUAAGAAUCUGCCCAUUCUUAGGCACCAAAGGCAGCAUAAGUUACAGUGUCCUUUUGUAGAUGUACCUGCUGGGACAUACCCUCGUAAAUUUAAUGAAACCCAAAUAAAGCAAGCCCUCAGAGGAGUAUUAGAAUCAGUUAAACACAAUUUGGAUGUGGUGAGCCCAGUUCCUACCAAUAAGGAUGUAUCAGAAGCUGACUUGAGAAUUGUGAUGUGUGCCAUGUGUGGUGAUCCAUUUAGUGUGGAUCUUAUUCUUUCACCCUUCCUUGAUUCUCAUUCUUGCAGUGCUGCUCAAGCUGGACAGAAUAAUUCCUUAAUGCUUGAUAAAAUCAUUGGUGAAAAAAGGAGGCGAAUACAGAUCACGAUAUUAUCAUACCACUCCUCAAUUGGAGUAAGAAAAGAUGAGCUGGUUCAUGGGUAUAUAUUAGUUUACUCUGCCAAACGGAAAGCGUCAAUGGGAAUGCUUCGAGCAUUUCUUUCAGAAGUUCAGGACACUAUUCCUGUACAACUGGUGGCAGUUACUGACAGCCAAGCAGAUUUUUUUGAAAAUGAGGCUAUCAAAGAGUUAAUGACUGAAGGAGAACACAUUGCAACUGAGAUCACUGCUAAAUUUACAGCAUUGUAUUCUUUAUCUCAGUAUCAUCGGCAAACUGAGGUCUUUACAUUGUUUUUCAGUGAUGUUCUAGAGAAAAAAAAUAUGAUAGAAAAUUCCUAUUUGUCUGAUAGUACAAGGGAAUCAACCCAUCAAAGUGAAGAUGUUUUUCUACCAUCUCCCAGAGACUGUUAUCCCUAUAACAACUACCCUGAUUCAGAUGAUGACACAGAAGCACCACCUCCUUACAGUCCUAUUGGGGAUGAUGUACAGUUGCUUCCAACACCCAGUGACCGGUCUAGAUACAGGUUAGAUUUGGAAGGAAAUGAAUACCCUGUUCAUAGCACCCCAAACUGUCAUGACCAUGAACGCAACCAUAAAGUGCCUCCACCCAUUAAACCUAAACCAGUUGUACCUAAGACAAAUGUGAAAAAACUGGGUCCAAACCUUUUGAAAACAAUUGAAGCUGGUAUUGGUAAAAAUCCAAGAAAACAGACUUCCCGUGUGCCUUUGGCACAUCCUGAAGAUAUGGAUCCUACAGAUAACUAUGCGGAACCCGUUGACGCAAUUUUUAAACAAAAAGGCUAUCCCGAUGAGAUUUAUGUUGUCCCAGAUGAUAGUCAGAAUCGUAUUAUUAAAAUUAGAAAUUCAUUUGUAAAUAACACCCAAGGAGAUGAAGAAAAUGGAUUUUCUGAUAGAACCUCAAAAAGUCAUGGGGAACGGAGACCUUCAAAAUACAAAUAUAAAUCUAAAACCUUAUUUAGUAAAGCCAAAUCAUACUACAGAAGAACACAUUCAGAUGCAAGUGAUGAUGAGGCUUUCACUAUUCAGAAAAAGAAAACUAAGAACUUCAAUCCACCAACACGUAGAAAUUGGGAAAGUAAUUACUUUGGGAUGCCCCUCCAGGAUCUGGUUACAGCUGAGAAGCCCAUACCACUAUUUGUUGAAAAGUGUGUGGCAUUUAUUGAAGAUACAGGGUUAUGUACUGAAGGACUCUACCGUGUUAGCGGAAACAAAACUGAUCAAGACAAUAUUCAAAAGCAGUUUGAUCAAGACCAUAAUAUCAAUCUUGUAUCAAUGGAAGUAACAGUAAAUGCUGUAGCUGGAGCUCUUAAAGCUUUCUUUGCAGAUCUGCCAGAUCCUUUAAUUCCAUAUUCUCUUCAUCCAGAACUGUUGGAAGCAGCAAAAAUCCCGGAUAAGACAGAACGUCUUCAUGCCUUGAAAGAAAUUGUUAAAAAAUUUCAUCCUGUAAACUAUGAUGUAUUUAGAUAUAUAAUAACACAUCUUAACAGGGUGAGUCAGCAAAAUAAAAUCAACCUCAUGACAGCAGACAACUUGUCCAUCUGCUUUUGGCCAACCUUGAUGAGACCUGAUUUUGAAAAUCGAGAGUUUCUGUCUACCACCAAGAUACAUCAAUCUGUUGUUGAAACAUUCAUUCAACAGUGUCAGUUUUUCUUUUACAAUGGAGAAAUUGUUGAAACUGUGAACACUGUGGCUCCACCACCUUCAAAUCCAGGACAGUUGGUGGAACCAAUGGUACCACUUCAGUUACCACCACCAUUGCAACCUCAGCUAAUACAACCACAAUUACAGACGGAUCCUCUUGGAAUUAUAUAAAUAGAAAGAGAUUGCAGACAGCCUGUAAUUGGACAGAAAGUAAAUCUAGACAUGCAUGUUUCAGGGUUCAGUAGUAUACUUCAUGUUUCAUACAGAUAAUUCACAUUCAAAAUGAUGAGACAUUUUAUCUUUGAACUAUAUGGUAUUCCUUAUUCGCUUACAUUACGAAUCUAAGACCAUGUGAUAAGCAUGACUGGAGAGGUUUAAUUUUUAUAAACAAAAAUAGCUAUAAAAUACAAAGCUGCUGCUGCAUGCAACCUUAUUGCAAUCAGUAUAUCAUUCCUGUGGCAAUUUCUGUCACAUUAUAUUGUGAAUAAAAUUUUUCUAUAGAAAUUAAAUGAUUUAAAACUCAUAUAUGAAACAUUUAAUGCUUUUCAGCCUGCUUUAUGGCUGAUUUUGUUAUUUGAUGUUCUAAUUUGGGCAACUAAUUUACAUUCUAGCAGUCUGUGUAGAUAACUAAAA